GCUUUGGUUUGUGCAGUGUUGUGCAUUCCUGGAAGUUUUUCCACAAAGGAAGAAAAGUGGGCGGAAAUUUGGGAUUACUCGAUAAGGAAAAUGUUGGUAAAAACAUAUCGGAAGAAUGGUUCGAUCAACUUCUUGAUCAUUUUUCACCUGGAGAUAUAAGAACAUGGAAUCAGAGAUUCUACGUGAACGAUGAAUAUUACACUGGAAAAGGACCAGUUUUCUUGAUGAUCGGUGGCGAAGGGGCGGCUACUAAUACCUGGAUGACCAAAGGAACAUGGAUUGAUUACGCUCGUCGCUUCGGGGCUUUAUGUUUUCAACUGGAACAUAGAUAUUAUGGAAAAAGUCAUCCAACUAGUGAUUUGAGUACAAAGAAUCUACAAUAUCUGACUAGUCAGCAAGCUUUAGCCGAUCUUGCAUAUUUCAUAUCAUCGAUGAAUAUUAAAUAUAACAUGACCGAAGACGUGAAAUGGAUCGCCUUUGGCGGAUCGUAUCCAGGUUCUUUGGCUGCAUGGCUUAGGUACAAAUAUCCGCACUUGGUGCAUGGAGCUAUGUCGGCCAGCGGUCCUCUUUUAGCACAAGUUGAUUUUAAAGAUUACUUCAGGGUGGUCGAUGAGGCAUUGCUUUCGUACAGCGAGGAAUGCUUGAACGCUGUAAAGGUUGGAACGUCUCAGAUUUACACUUUGCUGCGUCAUAUGGUUGGUCAGAGGAACAUCAACGAGAAAUUCAAUCUGUGCGAUCCAAUCGAAAAGUCAAUUGAAAAUAAGAAGGAUGUUUCCAACUUCUUUGAAACUUUGUCCGGUAAUUUUGCUGGUAUUGUUCAAUACAACAAAGACAACAGAAUGAGUAAAGAUGGAAUGCAGAAUAUUACCAUCGACACGCUAUGCGAUAUAAUGACGAACGAGUCGAUCGGUAUGCCUGUGGCCAGAUUGGGUGAAGUCAAUCGUCUGAUGUUGAGAGCGACAAAACAAACCUGCUUGGAUUACAAAUACGAUAAGAUGAUUCAAACUAUGAGGAAUAUAAGUUGGGAUAGCGAAACAGCUGAAGGCGCAAGGCAAUGGACUUAUCAGACCUGCACCGAGUUCGGCUUUUACCAGUCGUCCUCCCACAUUCCGCAAAUUUUUGGCGACGCUUUUCCGGUAGAGUUUUACAUCCAACAGUGUAUCGAUGUCUUCGGAUCGAAAUAUAAUGAAAAUUUCGUGAAUCGCGCGAUCGAUAGGACCAAUGUAAUCUACGGGGCUUUGGACCUCGACGUCAGCAACGUAGUAUUCGUACAUGGUUCCAUCGAUCCAUGGCACGCAUUGGGAAUUACGAAAACGACGAAUCAAGCAUCCCCUGCAAUUUAUAUCGAAGGUACUGCACACUGCGCCAAUAUGUAUCCCGAACGCGAAGAAGACUUGCCCCAACUGAAAGCGGCCCGACAACAAAUCGCCAAAUUUAUUAAUUCUUGGAUUUGAUCGUAGAUAACUCAUAUUUUUAUAAGAAUCUAUUUUAGGUUUUUCAUCAACUUUUUACUCUUUUUACAAUAAAAACACUUUGAUUUACGAUAAAAA